UUUAAAACCGACCUUUGGUUUUAUCAGUUACGAUUAACAGGUCAGUCAUAUUCAUUUGCAUUAAGUGAGAGAACAUCAGUGGAAUGAAGCAGUAUUUGUUACUGUUCCUAUUGUUUUCUUUUUUGGAGCGGUGUGAUGCAACUCGUUGUUUUGAUUGUCAGAACAUCCCGUACCCGCGGGCAUGUGCAAAGUUAACUGUAUGCAAUUCAGAUGAGUACUGUUUUACAGAACAGUUUGUGACGUCAAGUGGAAAUAUUUUGUAUAAUACGGGCUGCAUGCAUAAUCAGCGUUGUUUUGCCUUUCGAGACAAAAGGUCGAGUAACAUUUCAAGAAGAAGUACCGACAUUUCAACAUGUAUUGAAUGUUGCCAAGGUGAUUUCUGUAACAAUAAGGGCUGCGGGACCAAAGCAGUACCAGCUGAUCAACGUGGACCCUAUUGUUUCCAUUGUGACUCCGUUCUUGACCCAAAGGCUUGCACUAAUGUAGCAACGUGCUUACAAAAUGAAAUAUGCAUGCUCCACUCUCCAGCAGACUUUGUUGGCCUACCAGAGAUAGUCUACAAAAGUGCUUGUGGAAGGCAGUCGGAUUGUGAAAAGUUGUCGCAGACAGUCAGCAGUAACAGAUGCUCACCUACUUGUUGUGAAACAGAUUUUUGUAAUGACCAGUGUGGGAUUUCCUUACACAAUAAUAAGACAAGCCCUAUCCCGACAAUGCCGACAACGGGUCAACCGGAUACUAUUACCACUCAUCCUUCCACUGAGCCCACUUCUCACACGCAAGGUGUUUUGACAAGUACCACAGAAACACCUAGAAGUCCACCAACUAGUAGCAGUGUACCACCUACACACUGUGACACCCAUGGUGGAUACAUACAUUUGCAUUCCUCAAAGGAAGACUUGUGUGUUCAUAUUGUGAAUCAUCAUGCUGACUGGGAUGAAGCCCGAGCCGCCUGCAAGAAGGAAGGGGGCGAUCUCGUUGUCCUGGACACACAUACGAAAGCAACGUUAUUGAGAAAUCAUCUCGCACAUCAUUAUGAUCAUCAAGCCUACUGGAUUGGUGCAAUAUCCUCACAUGAAUAUGACUUUUCAUGGGUAAACCACUCCCCUCUUACGCAUUCUGUUUCCGACUGGGACCCCGGGCAGCCGAAUGAUGGACAUGGGCACAACCAGAUCUGUGCGUGCAUGUACAGGAAUUCGGAUAGUCAUACCAAUAAUUUUAAAUGGCAUGACAAAACUUGCUCAUAUGAGUGUAACUAUAUUUGUGAACGAUAAAAUGUUUGUGAAUAAUAGAUUAAACCGUUAUACAAGUGA